CAAACAUAAGCAUAAAGCAUUCCUAUAAAGAAAACAAUUACAAUAACAACAUACAGUAGUGUCUGUUUUGGAAACUGCAUCUGUAACACUUUGUAAGGCCUGUCCUUAUUACACAAUAUUACAUAGUUUUGAGCUUUCUUCCAGUAUGCUUAUUGAUUUUUUUUUUUUUUAAACAGUUGAUUAUCCCCAUGUUGCCUUCAUGUCCAUGUCAAAAACAAAAUGAUUACAGGACUUCCCCUUGAAAAACAAGGUUGAUGGAGCGGUAGGAUGUUCCUGUUUGUCAUUGUUUUCUGCUUGAGCUUGAUGAAAAUGUACAGGAGGUUUAACUGACAGGCCGUCUGUCCUAAUAAUGCUCUGAAUGAUGCAUACUCCUUGAUUUGACUUUGUAUAGUACAGUACAAUUAUAAUUCAUCAUGUUUAUGUGCAUCAUUCAGUAUAUGCUAGUUGCUCUUUGUUGAUUAGAAAUGAUGGCAUACAAAUAUUUUUUCCAGUUCUACUGAUUUAGGUCAGUAGAUUACCAGUAAAGCCUGGAGCUUUUUGAUAUAUAAUCUAAUGAUGUUGUUGUUGUUUACCAUGUGUGUGGUGGAGACAAAUUAUGAGCUGUUCCCUAAUGCGUUGUUGACUUGAGAGACCGAGUCAGUCAGAUGAAGGGAUUCAGUCACCUUUCCCAGCAGUGCUUACAGCAGAUGUUUGUGAGAUUAUCCAUAUCCAUGCGUCAUCAAAGUCAAGAGUCUGUCAACUUGUUAUUAGAGUGACAGGGAGAUGAGGACAACCGGAAACAGCUGAUUAUUGUUGCAGUACAAACUUGCCUCUUUCCACUUUUUUUUGGAACUGUUCUUUCAUGUAAUAUUUUGGGUGAACCAAUCAUUUAAUCAAAAAAUGUUGAUCCAGUUCAUAUAACCAGUCUGUCUAAAUAAGUUUCUCCAUCAACAAGAUUUGGAAUAUAGUGCCUUAGUCGUAUGGACCACUUUUAUAUUGCUUUUUUGUGUCCUUGUUUGAGGUUUGGAAAGUCCAGUUCCCAUUGUAAUUGCAUGGAAAAGAGCAACCAGCACAGUCUUCAUAACAUCUCCUUUUGAGUUCCAUGAAAAAAAAAAUGCGUGUCAUACGGGUUUGGAACAACAUGAAGGUGGACUAUUCCUGUAAGCCUUUCUAAUUUUAGGCUUUGUACAUCAUCUUUUGCAUGUUCGAGAUCUGCUCAAUUUUGAAACAUUUUAGUUUCCCUUUAUCGCAAUUUUCAGUUCCAAUUCUACUUUUUAGUACGAGUCAGUGUUCAGUGCCCCCCAUGCUGAGAGCAGAGGCAAAUCUGCCAUCCCCUCAAAUAUGAUCCCUCAACAACAAAGCACUGAGCAUGCUCAGUAGGGUCUGUGAUGCUGUUGCUAUAGGACUGUGGGGCUCAGAACCACUGUACUGGGGGAGGAGGGAAUGUGUGAGGAACAGAUGAGCUGAGAGGAGUGCAGAGCAGAAAGAACUGUGACUAAAGAGGAACUACAAGAGGGACGUUACCCAUUUCCUAUCUUUUUAUAUUUUAUUUUUUUCCCUGUGCUUUGCCUCUGCUGAGUGGAUGUAGAGCAUUAGGUUGUGAUCAUGCGGUGUGUUUGCUCCAGUUACUGUACAGACAGAAUGAGAGUGUCUAUGUGCUGGCUCUCGGAUUGAUGGAGCUUUACGGCUGGAUGAAAGCAGAGAAAAUGCAGACAUAUGAGAUUACAAGGGAUUCUGCUGAGUUUUGCAUUGACUCUGUUUAUGCCACUUAAUCAGCCUGCCAUGCAAGGACCGAUGCUUUGCAGUGCUGGAGCUUAUAAAAUGGACGUCUCCCCAAAGUCAGGAGAAACUCUGAUUGUGUGCCACAUCCAUGGCCAGUCUGCUGGGGGGGACCUAUCUGUACAGACAUCCAGACGGCCACGCACUUUGAAUUUAACCCACAGUAUAUCCCUUCCUGAGAGAGGAGAUCUGCCGAGGGAAGCACUUGACUAUGGCUAUCUAAGCCACACAAGUUCAAAAGAAACAGAGCGCAAAAAGGUAACUGAAAAUUCUCGAGUGUAUGAAUCGUCCCCAAUGCUUUGUGCUUUGAACUCUCCAUCGACCAGUCCUCGACUAAAACAAGAGCCAUUGCAUCGCAGAGGUACUCCCAGGUGGCAUAACCUCUUCAUCCCUGAAUCAGAAGUGAAUGAGGAUGAAGAGGAUGAGGACUCCGAUGGAGACAACUUGCACAAGUACAAUGAGGGGUCAUCCCUUCAACUACAGGGAAAUGUGACUCAAAGUAAUAUGAAUCCUUUUAGCCAAGUCAAAGAACAGGAAAGGGCAUUUGAUACAGGUUGUGCCGAUCGCAGGGAUAGCAGAGGAACCCCUGUAUUAAUGGACUGUGAUGAACAGGAUUGGGGUGAUGAGGAAGACUUCAGCAAGCAUACUCUCGUGGAACCUGGUAACAGCUGGGCUCCAACUGAAAAAGUUAUCGAAUCCAUUACUCAAAACCAAUCAGACUAUGUCACUGAUUCUUCCUGUAACAGCUCAGAUGGAGUGCUGGUUAACUUCAGUGCCAUCUACCACAAAACCAACAAUGCAGUUCCUGCAUCUCCACUAAGUCUAGAUAGUCCCGUUCCUGGAUCUGGUAUGGUAUUACAGGACAGUUCAAACCCUUUACCCAGCUGGUCAUCUCACAACCCUGAUCCAAACUGCAACAUCUACCCAUUCAAUGAAAUUUCUGACCUCACCAUGUGUCUGCAGAGUCAGGCACGGUUAGCAGGUUCCACCCAGAAUUACUAUAAACUGGUGACAUGUGACCUAUCAUCCCAGUCUUCACCUAGCCCUCCUUGGUCCUCUUUGACCAGUUUCUCUGAGACUCAAAGCCAGGGAAGCUGUUCUCCACCUUCUGAAUAUUUCCUAUUUGGACAUUCAGAGGAAGAGGAAAGGGAGAAGCCAAAGGUUUGCCAAACUGAACACAAGGGUGAUGGGAACAUUGAAGUGAAUAAUAUAAGACGAGCUGAUAAGGACCAAUCUAAGGGAACAAAAGAGAGAAUGGCACACAUAAAAACCCAUCAUUCUGCUCCAAGAAAACAUAAUAGUUUUAAUUAUAUUAAGACUCCUCAGUCUCAGAGCUGGAUUAGCAGCCAAAAAUGUUCUACCUUAUCAAAUCUGGGAGCCCUACAAAACAGCUGUCCGAGCCAUUUAGACACAAAUUUAUCUUCACCUCUGUCUAGGCAACAUGCCACCUCUUUUGCAGAAAUUGCCCGAUGUAAGAAGGGAAAUGGAGAGCAAUCCAUCAAAAAGUACAUUGAGGAUCCAUCAGGCUCACAAUUCAUCCAAAACCUCUCUUCUAUCCAGAAACAGGAUGAUUCAGAGAUGGCAACAAAGUCCCUGAGUGCUGACAGCAGUAGUCAAUCCAAUCCACGAGGUGCUUCAUCUCCAGAAGUUGUGCGAUACACAAAAGCACAACGGCCCACCUUUCUCCCUAUUCAGCCCUUUGUGCUUCAGGCACCCUCAGGAAAACAACAGACCAAAGCACUUGGUUCCCUUCUUAAUCAGUACAUCAGCUACAAGUACAGCAAGCCUGGGUCCAUCCAAAGCUACUUGCAAAAGCAAGUCAUAUCCACAUCAGCAGCGACCAGUUCAGACACUUGUUCCACCUGCACAUCAAGUCCGUUCUUGCCCCAUAACCACUCCCAGUGUACCCAUCCCUGCACAUUUUUGGGGCUCAUUCACCAGGACAGAAAUCCUCAUAUGAGUCCAAAUAUGAGACCAAGAAGCCCACAAAGCCAAGAGCAAGCAGAUGGGAGUCCAAAGGCCUGUUCAAGUCAAACACAGUUAAGCCAAAAACAUUCUUGGUAUGGAAAACAAGCAUCUCAGAAAUGUCCACUCAAGCAAGCUCCCAUUGUUCAGACUCCGACUCCACAAUUAAUCAAAGAGGAGACUACAUGUCCUUUGGAAGCAUCCUUUCCUUUACAUCAAAAUUCCUCCCUUGCCAUUACCUCAGUCACCUCCUUGACCUCUAUCACCUCCAUUGUCUCUCCACCAUCCACUGGACGGAAAUUCCUUUGGCCUUUUGAAGCUUCAUCACAGGUCUGCACCAAUGAAAAUCCUAACACCAAUGUUCAACACUUCUUUAAGCCAAGGAGAUCACCUUGUGUUAUGAGGGAACAUCAACAUGGUGACUCAUUCUCCAUGACUGACAGACCCCCUGAAGUGUUCUGCCUCUCCCCAGAAGCCCCUUCAGAUCUUCUUUUAAUUGAUCUUUUGCACAAGAGAAGUAUGUUGAAAGCUGUGGGUUUGGCAGUGGAUCUCAUAAUGGCACAUUUUAAUUCAAGAAAAGACCCAGAAGAAAAGAUCAGACUGGGAAAUAGUUUACUGUGCACCACUAUCAGCCACCUUGUCCUUAAACAGCUCUACCCUGCAAUCCAGAACAUCCUUCAAGAUGGUUUCAAAGCCUAUAAAUUGGACUUGAUUAUUGGCCAACGGCGCAACAAACUAUGGAACAUCGUAGAGGCCACGGCACGACCAGGCGCAUCUACCCAACUGUCUGACAGCUUGGUAUCCACGAUAAAAAAAUGUUCCCAGUUAUCAAGUCGCAUUCGGCUCAGUGUCUUCAUCAUAUAUCUUCUAAACUUGCAUGCUUUGGAAUCCUGGAUCCGUCAUUUAUACAGUUGCAUUGAUGUUGUGUCAGAACACUAUCAGCAUUGGGGGUUCUUGGCUCUGGCCCAGGGGCCAACUUAUGGACCUCUGUUCCAUGAGCUUCUUCUUUUGCUGCAGCCACUCUCCCUGCUGCCAUUUGACCUCCAUCUUCCAUCCGAACCUAAUCUUCAAAGUAAGGAAAAGCAAAACCACAGAGCACCCCUGCCUCUUCGGCUUGUUUCCCAGUCAGCUCAGAUCCUGCAGAUGAGCUUGAUCCAGGAGAACAGCAGGAGUCCUACAGGUCACAGUGAUGCCUUCAGGAAAAGGGUGACUGAUGGAUUUUGGCUUAAUCAGACACCCACCUCAGAGUGUGAAACACAGAAGAAAGAGGAUGCAGCAACUGGAAGGAAAAACAAUGAGAUGCCACAAUCUUCAACAAGUCCUCUGGAGGACAAACACUUGAGUGAGCUGCGUUGGGCCAGGCUCUUCGGCGCUAAAGUUGGAACACCAGUUGGCCCACAGAAGGCACAAAAAAACAUGAGUGGACCUCUAAGAAGGCGGCCCUCAGAAUGGCUGAAGCUUGGUGCAUCCAAAGUGGAUCUGCCCGCACAGUCAUGGAUAGGAAAAUUGCCAGAGACUCAUCUGAGUGGUAACCAUGACAGAGAUACCCCAAACGAAGAUGAAAUAUCAUUCUAAAGAGCCCACAAGGAGUCUGAUUUUAGCUAGAUGGAGUAAAAGCACAAUUAAUCUAAAAUAAGUGCACCGUAUCUGUUCCCGGAUAGAAUAUUGCCUUAGUGAUUUACCAAUCAGGACAAUUUGUAUUAUACCUUGGUCUUUAAAAGGUAAAAAAAAAAAUAUUCACUAACUUUAAGCCAUGAUGAGAUAAAGUUAUUAGAUUGAAUUUAUAACACAAUCAUAGUAUAGUGUAGAGUAUAUAACAUGGAUUGAUAUCUGCCAGCUAUCUGCCAGCUAUCGAGCACAAAACUGGAACUGAGGUCCCCAGAAGUCUUUUCCAACCAAACCCUGCACUUUAUCUCUGUCUCAGGUCACUAUGUCAAGUAAAUCUAGUCAUAUAAUUUCUGCUGUUGUUGAACUAUGUGGCAUAAAAAAAAGAAGACUUUUCCUCAAGGUCUGUUUGAAAUAGUUUCUAUAACCAUUUCCAUGCAUGACACAGUAGCAUUAAUAACUAUGCAUGACAAAAAAUAGUUUUCCUUUUUAGCAUUCUGUGAAUUACAACUUUUGCUGAUUUUAUUGCAUUUUUGCACGAUGAAAUCAAUUAAAUAGCUGAUUUAUAUGAUAAAGGUGCAUGCUGAGUAGCUAUAUUUCCUGUUUCUACAGAAGGACUUGUUUCGUAGUGAGAUUUGUUGAUGACUACAUUUGUGCGUCCUCUGAUGUAAGUGACACAAAGACAGGCAAGAGCUCAUUGAAGACAAUGGUUUGAUUUUAAAGGCAGUGGUUUUUAUAUUUCCUGAUAUUAUAAUUGUGCCUGAUUGGAAACUUGUGAUAAUAAAGAUUUGUUGAGUCAUUAAUGUUCAUAUUGUGUACUUUUGUGUAUGUGUGUGCCAGAAGAAAGUCUUUUG